CAGAAGGGUGCAAAUACGUCAACACUGAUCGCAAAUGGCAGUGCGUGUGAAAUCCUGUUGACAUAGGACUGUGCUCAAGGAGGAAACGGUAUCGACAGACGACGACAGCAGACGACACGCGCUUGAAGGUGGUACGCAGCUGGAUUCUGUGGGAGAACAUUUGUGUGCGCGGAGACCGUGGUGAUAGCCAAAGCCGGAGCCGAGAGAAAGAAGUCGAUCCAAGAGAUGGAAAAAAGGUGAACACUCCUGCUAAAAAUCCUUGUUGCGGUGGCGGUUUUUCAUACGUCCAUGGGAAAAGGAAAGGAAUGCACGGAUGGCUGCCCUGACAAUGCCGCGAUCUACACCUUCGACUCUUUUCGCCUGGAAGCUACUUCAGAAUCGGAGCCACAGCAGUUCUGCUUGACGUUUAAGAGAGAUAGAUUUCCAACAACUGAUUUCGUCACUUCAUUUAAACCUCGCUCUAGUGCCACUUACAAAGUCAAGUACACGACGGGGGACAAUACGACACGAGAGGACUCUGCCAAUGUAACUAUGCUCGAGAGUGAGGUCAAUGUCUACUUCAAGAGCCGUGAAAGUGGCGACCCUUUGCCGGUAAAGAUGCGUUUUAUUUACUAUAUCGAAUGCUUCGUUAUAGAGCAACCCAGUCAAGGAGCAUCGUACUACCACGUAUUCGUAAGUGGCUCGGUGACCGACAGCGCUUACAAAGAGUGCGUCGGGAAGCUUCAGCAAUACUCUGGCGGAACCGUGAACUACCUCAACAAAGGUCGAAACUGCGAUCAAGUGAUGAGCUUGACUAAACCAAUGUCAGCGACCGAUUACUACUCGGGCUAUUAAAUGCCACAGCAUCCACGUGCGUCCUUGUGUUUCUGCGAGCAGGUGUUUCUGCGAUGAACGUAAGCUAUUUUAAAGAUCACCUAUUGGAGAUGCGCAAUUCAAGUCUUCGACAUGGAUUGCUCAAGAGGCAGACAUACUUGCCCGAGAAAUCGAAAGGCACAAGCAACUAAUAAACGAAAAUUCACCAAUAACCUCUCCGAAAUAUUGACUUUAUUGCUCGUAUUGCAGUUUACAAAUUGUUGCCGUGUAGGUAGGAUGGAACAAAUCGACAACAUUAAACCUGUCUCAGCAUAAUAAUUACCGAAGUUUGCGAGCAAAGCAUUGGUGGUGCUGAUACUUCCAUGCUUCAGUGCCUAAAACGGCGUUUUAUUUUAAAAAGCAAGGAGAAAAACAGUGCAUUCUUACUGCAAGUAUCAUGGCGCAUAUCUCGAAAAUGGCAUCAUGAACAGAUUUCAAGUGGAUAUGCUAUGCUGCCUCACCUUGUACGAUUUGGAAAUUGCGAUAUGUGCCUUGAGGUAAUUAGUUGGAAGGCACAACUAGUGAACUUUUGUUUAGCAGUCGAAAUUAAAUUUCAAUUUUUCGUCCAAGUGAUCGCCUCAGCGUGAGGACCAGUCCAAGGACUAGAAUGGUCCUAUCUGCUACAGGCGAUAAUUAAAAUUGAUCAACGUCUCCGCAUGAAACGCCCGCUAUCGGAAGAUUUGCAUCUUGGAUCCUAUUUGU